GAGGCCCCAUAUUCCUGCCUUAUCGAAAAAGCCCUCCUUGAGGCUCCCGAUAAAAAGCUUACGCUUCAGGAUAUCUACAGCUGGUUUGAGAAGCGUACAGUAAAAGGAAAGGAUCGUGCUUCCAAAGGCUGGCAGAACAGCGUCCGACACAACCUCUCAAUGAAUGCGGGGUUCGAAGCUGUUCGAGAGGAGGAACCUGGUAAGAAGCCCCAGAACUACUGGCGCCUAACGGAAGAAGCCGUCAAAUAUGGCGUCCAGUCCACCACACGGUACCGAAAGCAAGCGAGUAACAAAAAGACAUCGAUCUCAGACCCACCAGCACCUCAGCGCCAGCGGUCAGGGGCGAAAGGAGGGAAAGCUACGAAGAUUAAGGCCAAGCUCCGUGGGCGCCCAUCAGGCGAAGAUGAGCUGCGAAAGGACAACUGUCAGCGUGAAAUCACACAACCACCACUACAAAAAAUAACCUAUGGUCAUGGUUAUCCGUCCACUACCACAACAACAUCACCCGCGACGGCGUCCGUGAUAUCAUCCUUUCAUGUGUCAGUGCCAGUCACACGGUUAUCAACCGAGUCAUUCGACCUGGGCAAUGCUGUUGGCUGUGCAGAUCCCCAUCAUUAUUUCGCCAUGCCAGGAGGACAGGGAUCAGACUGUCUGACAAUGGAAAACAGCUUUCUUCCAUGGGGGGGGGGCCCUACGUUUUCUGCCGGGCUGAUGACCGGGCCUGGGAUUACGGCGAAUCUCCCCCUAGGGAUAUAG